UCACUUCAUUUGGACGAUCUCUUUCUGUCGUGGCAUCUGGAGGUGAGUGGUUGUUCGUGAUUUUCGCACAGGAGUAUAAUCCGACGAUUUUCUUACCGGAAAGGUAGCAUCGAACGUCAGUUAACUAGAAAAGUCUGAUUGAAACUUCAUUAUGGGUAAGGAGAAGAUUCAUAUUAACAUUGUCGUCAUUGGACAUGUCGACUCUGGUAAAUCUACCACCACUGGUCAUUUAAUUUAUAAAUGUGGUGGUAUUGACAAACGUACCAUCGAGAAAUUUGAAAAAGAAGCCCAAGAGAUGGGCAAAGGAUCCUUCAAAUAUGCAUGGGUAUUGGAUAAAUUAAAGGCAGAACGUGAACGUGGUAUUACUAUUGACAUCGCUCUGUGGAAAUUCGAAACCUCUAAAUACUAUGUUACUAUUAUUGAUGCUCCUGGACACAGAGAUUUUAUUAAAAACAUGAUUACUGGUACAUCACAAGCUGACUGUGCUGUAUUAAUUGUUGCUGCUGGUACUGGUGAAUUUGAAGCUGGUAUUUCAAAGAAUGGACAAACACGUGAGCAUGCUCUGCUUGCUUUUACACUUGGUGUAAAGCAGCUGAUUGUUGGUGUUAAUAAAAUGGACUCUACUGAGCCACCAUACUCUGAAACACGAUUUGAAGAAAUAAAGAAGGAAGUUUCAUCUUAUAUUAAAAAGAUUGGUUACAACCCUGCUGCUGUUGCAUUUGUGCCAAUUUCUGGUUGGCAUGGAGAUAACAUGUUGGAAGUUUCUUCGAAAAUGCCUUGGUUUAAGGGAUGGAGUGUUGAGCGCAAGGAAGGUAAGGUAGAAGGAAAAUGCCUUAUUGAAGCUCUAGAUGCUAUCCUUCCACCGACUAGACCUACAGAUAAAGCGCUCCGUCUUCCUCUUCAGGAUGUGUACAAAAUUGGUGGAAUUGGAACAGUACCAGUUGGUCGUGUGGAAACUGGUGUGUUAAAACCUGGUAUGGUUGUCACAUUCGCUCCUGCGGGUCUGACUACUGAAGUUAAGUCAGUUGAAAUGCAUCACGAAGCUUUGCAAGAAGCUGUUCCUGGUGACAAUGUUGGUUUCAACGUCAAAAGCGUGUCCGUUAAGGAAUUGCGUCGUGGUUAUGUAGCUGGAGAUUCGAAAAACAAUCCACCCAAGGGCGCUGCUGACUUCACUGCACAGGUUAUUGUGCUGAACCAUCCAGGUCAAAUUAGCAAUGGAUACACACCAGUGUUGGAUUGCCACACUGCUCACAUUGCGUGUAAAUUUGCUGAAAUCAAAGAGAAAUGUGAUCGUCGUACUGGAAAAACCACCGAACAAAAUCCAAAAGCUAUUAAAUCAGGAGAUGCUGCAAUUGUUACGCUCGUACCAAGCAAGCCAAUGUGUGUUGAAGCUUUCCAAGAAUUCCCUCCUUUGGGACGUUUCGCUGUUCGUGACAUGCGUCAGACGGUAGCUGUUGGUGUCAUCAAAGCAGUUACUUUCAAGGACGCCGUGGGCAAGGUCACCAAGGCUGCAGAAAAGGCCCAGAAAAAGAAAUAACUAGUUUCCGUACAUGUGUAUCGCCAGAUGGGCUUCGGCAUAUAAUAGCUGAAGUAGUUUACCUCCUUUCUUCACGUUUUUCUCACGAGAACAGUAGUACAUUAUUGCCAUCGCAAACCGCAAUAUUUUCUACGAAAUCGCGACCAAUGGUUAAGCGUAAUAGAACUGGGAAAGAAUCGCGACGACUGGCUUUUUAUGUGCAUGAAGUUGUACAUUCGCCAUAUUUUUUUGAUAUUCGUAUAUUCCAUUUAUCAAAAUGGUUGCUCCGUCAUUUCUCUCAUCGUAAAGAAUUUCGUAGGAAAGGUAAACGGCCAACGAUGGUGAAGAAGCAAAUACUUUUCUCGUUUGCUAGAGUCCCGUGAAAAAAGAAAGUAAACUACGAAAGCUACUUAUAACAUCUGAUUCACAAGAACAUCAACAAACAUCAUAAUUUAGCUCGGCUUAAUUAUAUUUUCUAAUUAUUAUACGGAAAUAAAUCCUAUAUCUGCGAUAUUCUAAAAACAUUCACUAUUAUUUUUUGCCGUCAUUACAAUUAAUGAUCGAUUAUCAUCGCCAUCCUUAUCAUAAAACGCUUCAUAUUUCUGACAUCAUUUCUAGAAAGCUGCUUUAUUAUUCAAGAAACAUUAUUUUAAUCGUUUAUCAUGAAUGGGAUAUAUCAAUUUAAAUAACAUUAAUGACAAAGAGAACAAGUACUAGUUCCAGUACAAAUUUAGUUGAGAAGGUGGGACCUGUUUUUUAUUAUUACUUUCCAAUUACCUAACUAGGUAAGGAAUUGAACUGCUGAAAAUAUAUACACGAAACAUUUUUCUAGGAUAUAUUUCUUUACAAAGAUUUACCUUGCAUUUUUACAUAUUCUACAUUGGAAGAAAAUACGUGCGAAAAUACGAUUGCUCUGCAACGAUUCAGCACUUUUAGCCCGCGAUUUUUCAAUAGUUGAGAUUGGUUAACAACGGUAUUCUGUACAUACAUAUAAAUAACAAUAUCGAAUAAAAGUGAAUAAAGGAAUACGGAACAACAAAA